UUCAGAAAUAAAAGCCCUUGGAAGCACUUUGCAUAUCACAGGUCAGGGCGGGGUUGGGGCAGUGUAUAAGUGAUCCAAACAACCCCCAUGUAGAUCAGAUCCGUUCUCAUGCACGAUCUUGCAACACAAAACAAGGAUCGAUCGCCGCCACCCAAAAUGCAGCCGAGGUACUUCGACUGGGCCCUUUACCCGGCUUUCAUCCCCGACCCUUGGGCGCUUCACCCGGCCCUGUCUUCCUGUCCGGAGACCGUUCGCCAGGCGGAGACUCCGGCCAAGAAGAGGCCCUUCACCGUUGAGUUCCUGCUAUCCAAGUCUCCUUCGGAGGUCCGGCGCGGGCAGCCGCCGGAGCGCCGGGUACGCUUCUACCCGGGGGCUGGAUGUGCUCCAGUGCCCGGGGUGUAUCCCGUUCUUUGCCAGGGUGCAGGACACAGCUGGCCGCGUUACAGCGCAUGGGACAUGUGCUGUGCAGACUGGAGAACCUGGCAGUCUGCUGUGACCCACCCGAUCCCCGCCACAGAUCGCAAGUUAAAGCGUUUCAGGGCCAUCUUCACCCAGGAGCAGCUAGCAGUCUUGGAGGGCGAGUUUAAGAAACAGCGCUACAUCGUCGGCCCUCAGAGAGUAGCCUUAGCCUCUGCCCUGGGAUUGACCGUCCUCCAGGUGAAGGUUUGGUUCCAGAACAGACGAAUCAAAUGGAAAAAGGACGCCGAAAAAAGUCAGCGGGUUAAAACAGCUGCACAGGGCGAGUCCCAGGGCAGGAGUGUCAGUGCACCCGCUGAGGACGCUCCUUCCACGGAGGGAAGCUCAAGAGAUCUCUCCGCAAACCAGAAGCUCCCGGUCUGCUGAAUGCGUGGCCGUCCGUGGGUUGCUUCCGACCACUGUUGGCCACCGGGCUCUUGUGAAGACUUCUCAGCUCACAUACUUAUGUACACGAUAACGAAAGGCAGGAACUUGUUGAACGAGACUGAUGGCAUUGUCAAUCUUUCCCUUCGUUUUAUGGAGAAACGGAUUGAUUUAAUGUUGAAAUCACGGAUUGACCUAACUCGCGAAACUAGUUGGACGGAUCCAUGCACGGCGGGUCAACCAUCAGUGUGAAAGUGGCGGUAAAUAACUCCAACUGGCGGGGAUGUAAAACGUUAUCGCACGCCGGUUGGAGCCGAACCAGGGUCGCGACAGUGGAUCAGUAAUGGCUUGGUUCUUCUGGUAGCAAAUCCAUCGGAAGUCGCCCUCGGUGAAACCGUGUUACCACCCCCCUGACCGGGGUAGGGCAAACAAAGAGCCCUGGGGAGGUGUGGUGGGGAAGAGGGUUUGGGAUGAGGCUUGUUCCUCUUGAUUCUUCUUAACUAAGUGACAUUAGGAGUAGGAUCCCUGAAGCCUACUUUGUCAUUCA